AAGCAGUAUCUGUUGCUACCAUUUUCAGGUUGAAGGGACAAUUAUUGCACCGCAAAAUACUCAGGAAUGGAUGGACAAAUCUAAGUGGAUUCAAUUCUCUAACAUAGAUGGCCUUGUCAUCAAUGGGGAUGGACAUAUUGAUGGCCAGGGUUAUGCUUGGUGGAAAUCUUGCUUCCCCAACAAGGAAAGUUGGGGCUGCAAAAAUCGACCCACAGCUCUUCAUUUUAAUAAAUGCAAUGGUCUCCAACUAAGUGAAUUAAGUCAUCUCAAUAGUCCAAGAAAUCACAUAAGCAUAAGUAGCUGCGAUGGCGUCCACAUUUCUCAUCUUAAUAUUUUUGCACCCGAGGAAAGUCCAAACACCGAUGGUAUUGACAUCUCUACCUCGCGCAAUAUCGAAAUCAAGAAUUCCGUGAUUCAAACAGGUGAUGAUUGCGUUGCUAUCAAUCAAGGCUCGUCGUAUAUUAACAUAUCUAGUGUUGCAUGUGGACCAGGCCAUGGAAUAAGCAUUGGAAGCCUUGGAAAAAAUGGGAAUUACGAGACAGUAGAAGAAGUGCACGUCCGAGAUUGCAAUUUUACGGGAACACAAAAUGGAGCAAGAAUCAAGACAUGGAAGGGUGGAAGUGGGUAUGCUAGGAAGAUCAGUUUCGAAAAUAUCAGAGUCCGAAAUUCCCAAAAUCCCAUCAUUAUUGACCAGAACUACGACCCUUUUGGCAGGAAUGCCGGUAGCCAGAAAGCAGUGAAGGUGAGCGACGUGACAUUCAAAAAUGUGCGAGGAACAGCUGCUGAAGAGUUAGCAAUUGAUCUGAUUUGCAGCCUGGGCAUGGGAUGCACCAACAUUUUAUUGGAUAACAUUGACAUACAGUCAUCAAUUCCUGGAAAGAGGACUUAUUCCCGCUGCAACAAUGUCCAUGGAACAGCCAGAGCCUGCAAUCCUGUUGUUCCAUGCGUAGCUAGUUCAUGAUUUUUUGUGUAGUGGCGCCACCCCAUGAUGCAUUGCGAUAUAUGCAGACAUUCCUUGUCAGGCAGUAGUGGUUCAGAUUCUUUUGAGAAUUGAAAUGGCAUUACAUUUUUUUUUUUAAAUGGCACAUUACUUGUCCUGAUCUCUUUCUCUUUAUCCCUUUUCUUUAAUUUAAUUGGUUCUAAUUUGAGAAUCAGAUCAGUUUUAAAAGUUAGUUAAAAGUUCCCGUUGAGUUUUGGGUCUU